AUGUUCGACCUGGCAACCAUUAUCCCUUCAUUGGCAUGCUCUGCAGGAAUAGUUGGCUACUUAGUCAUUUGGUGGAUCCUGUUCAACUCUGAGAAGCCCAAGACUAUACCUCAAUACAAGAUCAUAAUGCACCUGACCACUGCCUACAAUCUAUUUCUGAUGAUGGAAACUUUCGUGUUGAGCCCGAGUUAUCAUAUCAAGGGCAAUGCCUUCUUUAUCAGCUUCUCAUCAAUUCUUCUCCCGACCGAUAGCAUCCCCACAUUCUUCACUAUCCAACAUUGGUCCCUAGUCUCCACCAAAUUCACUAUUCUGCUCCUCAAAAUUAUCGCCCUAGAGAUUUUGAUCACUAUGUCUCCUAAAGGAUAUCGACUUUUCAUUAUCUUCGGAGUACUCACCGCCCUAACUCUUAUUAUCAACGGAAUAUUUGCUUCGUGUUUCUGGCAGCCGGCGAAAACCGAUAUUGCGGGUACUAUUGGAGCAAUCAACACAUCUCAAAACUGGACUACAAUGCUUCCCCUGACACCAAUCGUGAUUACUAUGGCAUUCCUUCCAUACGAAUUAUAUCGCCUUCGCCUGGCGAAAAUCAAUAAAGAAUUCGCCGGCUUCAUUCCGAGCUCAACAAAAGCUGUCUAUUAUCGAUCAAUAAUUGCUGAAAUGAUUGUCGCCGUUAUUUUCGGGUAUCUGCCAAUUAUAGGCGUCUAUAUCCUCGCUAUGCUUGGUCUGGGACACGAGGAAAUGGGAAGCUUUUAUUUAAACUAUUCAAUCGGUGGUGCUACGGUGGUCGAGUCGAUUCCUCUUAUCUAUUUUCUCAAAAAACAGAAAGGAAGAAGCAUAGCAAGAGUCUCGGUAAUUGGAAGAGAGGAAGAAUCAAGAGGAUGGUUUAAAAAAGUGAUUCGUUUUAUAGUUAAUACUCUAUUGGGUCGUCGACAUAUAUAUACUCAUCGCGAACGAUAA